AUGAGCGAUACCCACGAAGCAGGAUCCUCUCCAUCUCGUGGUCGUGGCAUAGGUUCCAUUCCCAUUACAGCUAACCGCUCGGCGCCGAAACGAGACAUCACUGAAGGUUUAACAGCAAAUCCCAUCUCAACGCUAGCGGUACCUGCUGAGGACGAAGAGAUUGCUGCGAUCAAAGAUGUGAGAUACAUCGGGUCAUAUAAUUGGAUGGAUAACCCAUCCCCGACGAUCUUGGUACCAGGCUCGCCGCGGAUCUGGAGGAACAAACCCGUUCCAUUUACCGUCCCCGCCGAUUCUGGAUACCAAUUCUGCGACCAGAACGGUUAUCGACUCCCAAGUACUCCGUUGCUACCCAUCCUCGUUGCCGUUGACAGCGUAGCUUCGGAGUCCGACCCAUCUUCGACCACAAUCGACUGGCCUUCCAUCGAUUUCAUCAUCGAUCGAAACGGACUGCGCAAACUCAUGGGGUGGGUCACCGAGAGGAAACAAAAAUUCAGGAUCGAUCUGCAGCUUGCCGGGGAGAAGACGGUAUUGUGUAAUCGAUGGGAAGCGAAAACAAGGAUGAAGACAUUUGGUGGUUAUGGGUAUGCAUUUGAGAACGCAGUGACACGUCCUGCUCCUGGCUGCGAGACAGAUGCAGGCGGGCACCAUAGGAUCAUCACUUAUGACUUCAAUGGUCUCAAGAUGGUAGUCCGCUUCGAAGUCGACGCGUGCCUCGUCCCAGAAGAUCCUCCUCCGGUAUCAGUAGACACGCUGUCGGCGGAGGUUGCCUCGAAGGCAACUCUAUCCGAACGCCCGGAAUCCACGCGUGCCGUUGAAGGCAUGGUUUCGUUGACCGUCGUCGCUGCUGGUAAACCCAUAGCGAACGAGUGCACUGUCGAACUGGCGACAAGAAAAGCUGGUAAUUCGCUGUUGUGGAGGGAAAAAUACUUGCAGAUGUACUUUUCGCAAACUCCAGAGCUAUUCAUCGGUAAACAAAAGGAUGGCUGCUUUACCGACAUUCAGCGAAAGACGAUAGAGAGCCUAUCCUACGUCGGGGACAAUGUUCAGAAGAGACUGAGGGUGUUGCGAAAGGCGUUGCAUGAUAUCCAGGCUCUAGUGAGCAAGUUCGGGUCAACGGGACGGCUGAGCUUGAUUGGCAGGGAUAAGGAUCUACUGGUUUUUGAGAGGUCGACGAGUGACAGUUGCUUGCCAGAUGAGUACUUGAAGAGGUUUAAGCGUGGGGGAUAACAUCUUAUACGAAAUAAACUCAACUGGACCCUGACAUGUA